AUGGAGAAGAAAAAUUUGAGUGGCGCGGCAAAGAGAAAAAGGCAAAAAGAAUUAGUGGAAGCUUCAAAAGCAACUUUAUCGAAAAUGCCGAAAUUAACGACCUUUUUCGCCAACAAGAGUGCCGGUGCGUCUAAUACGAUAAGAGUAUCGCCUACAACAUCAGAAGCUGAUAAAACAAUUAUGAGUUCAAGUGCAACAUCGAGUGCCAGUACUGCCAGUGCUUUGAUAUUACAAGACAAUACAAAUUUAAGUACAGAAAGACUUGAUGUACAUGAAUAUAAAUCGGUCCUAAUCGGUUCUGUUGGUCCUGAUUCCAAACACGCUACGAUGAGUCUUGAAAGUUUAAUUCACGAGGAAUAUCCAAGUGAUAUAGCUCACUACCCAACAAUAAUUACAGCAGAUAUAAGGAGAUUCGUUCUCGACCACGGCUCUUGCAGACCGAGAGGCCCGUUUCCGAAAAAUGAAAAAAACCGUUGUUUUUUGAAUUCUUAUUAUACUACGGUGAACAAAUCCGGCCUUCAAAUGGAACGGUCGUGGCUCUGCUACUCUCCAAAGUUGGAUAUGGUCUACUGUGAAGCUUGUUGGUUGUUUUCGCAAGCACCAGAAUAUGAUGAUACCUUGCGUCAGGUACUUAGUUUGCCAGCUGAAUCAACAAAAUAUCUGAGUCCUCAAAUUCAGAACGAAGUAAUACAGUGUUUAGGUGAUCAUCUGAAACGAGAACUCCUCGCGGAAAUAAAGUCAGCUCCGUUUUUCUCCAUGAUUGCGGAUACGACUCAAGAUAUUUCAAAGAAAGAUCAGCUCAGCAUAGUUUUUCGUUUCGCGAGCAUAAUUAAGGACGAUACGAUCGAUAAGAAGCCAAGAAAAAUUAAGAUCAAAGAAACAUUUCUGGGAUUUAUUCAUUUAACAGACAACGGUUUGGAUCUCUCAAAAUGUCGAGGACAAGGAUACGAUGGCGCGAGCGUAAUGAGCGGUGUUUAUUCCGGGAUACAAGCUCGUAUACAGAAAAUGGAACCGAAGGCGUUAUACGUCCACUGUGCCGCUCACAACCUCAACUUGGUAGUGAAUGUUGCAGUUAACGGGAUUGAAAAAGUACGAAAAUACUUCGCCGUGCUCCAAAGUAUCUACGUAUUUUUUGGGCAUAGCAUCAAUCGCUGGGAUUUGCUGUCUUCGUUCACAGAUGUUUUAAAGGCGCUGAAUAGAAUUAUUUUAGAGAGUAACAAGAAAGAUGAGAAAUCAGUAGCUGCAGGAAUAAUAGAGAACAUGGAAAAUUUCGAGUUCGUGGUGAUAACGAUACUCCUAGAAAAGAUUCUCUCAGUAAUAUUUUCUGCAUCCAUGCAAUUGCAACGCAAAGAUUUGGAUAUUGGUCAGGCAAUGACACAGAUGGAGACUUCUUAUUGUGUAGCAAAAGAGCUCAGAAACCAAUUCGAAGGCACGAUUGCCGAAGCAGAAUCAAUUGCUCAGAAAUGGGGUACUGUAACGAAGUUUAAAAAUUCAAGAACUCGUGUUCAUCGAAAAUUUCAUCACGAGCUCGCGGAGGAUUACCGGUUCGUAGAUGCUAAAGAGAGUUUCAGGGUAAACGUCUUUUACGGAGUACUUGAUAACGUGAUCAAUCAGCUUAAAAAUAGAUUCGAAGGCUUAGAAAAAGUUGCUGAACUGUUUUCGUUCCUAACACCCGCGAAAUUAUUAUCUGCGACCGAUGAAGAAACGAUGGAAAAUGCUCAAAAGGUGCAAGCACAAUAUCCAACCGAUAUAUCAGAAGCGUUGCCCCUUCAGGUUCUGCUAUGUGUUAAAACACUUCGGCCGAAAAUUGAGAAGAUACACACGAUCAAAGAAUUGGCAGAACUUAUAAUCAUUAAAUUCAAUGAUAUGAGUUCGAGCUUCUCCGAAGUUUACUCCUUGUUGCUUCUCUUUUUGACGAUACCGGUCACCGUUGCAUCCGCGGAACGCUCGUUCUCAAAACUAAAAAUGAUAAAAACUAUCUUCGAAAUUCUAUGGGCCAAGAACGGCUUUCGCAAUUAG